AUGCCCCAACACUCAGUAACGCUGGAAUCGCCUUGGAAGAGGAUCAAACUUGUGCCCCCUUCCUCCGUGGAUGAUCAAGACGCCGUAUCAUGUCGGACCCAUCCAACUACUCGACGAUACCUACGCUUUCUCCCAGAGCAUAUGACGCAGGAUGAAGCCCGCGUUCGACGCGAAACUCGCGCUGAGGACCCCCGGAUAUUCGAUCUGAUUAUCUACCUCAAUCAAGACAAUGGAACGACGCGUUUUGCAGGUUUCACUGGGUACUUCAAUCUCGAAGAAAACAACUCCAGUUGCGAAGUUGGGAUCAUUGUAUCUCCAGAACUUCAUGGCAAAAACAUCGCCACGGAAACAUUCUAUCUGGUACUCCAAUACAUCUUUGAGGAGAAAGGCCUGCAUCGCGCAACAUUCCGCACAGGUUCAGACAACGUCGGCAUGCAAGGAUGGCUGGAGAAGACGGCUGGCGCACGACUGGAAUCCGAGGAGAAAGAGUGCUGGAAGCAGCUUGAUGGGACAUUUCAGGAUGUGAGGGGAUACGCAAUUCUGGAGUGGGAAUGGAGAAAUAACGUAAAGGCACGCCUUGAGGGACGGAUGGGGGGAUUGCCUUGA